GCUUGUAGCUACUUUAAACUAUAGAUAAAAGUUAAUUUCAACAACUAUUUACCUUCGUAUCUUAUUAUAUAUAAAACUGCAUAAUCAAAACUUAUCUUUUUCCAAUAAUUUCACAACAACAUAUCAACUGAUAAAGAAACUAAAAACAUUGACCUAUCCAGUUUAUUUAAACUUGAAAUUAAUUCAGUUUGCAGUCAAUUGCAGAAGUGAUCGCAUUUGUUCAAUAAAAUAAAAUAAAAUUUAUUUAGAAUCCCAGAAGUUAUGGCUUUACGUUGGGGAAUUGUGUCAGCUGGAAAAAUAAGCCAUGACUUCGUCACUGGACUCAGUACUUUGCCUACCAAUGAGCAUAAAGUUGCAGCUAUAGCUGCCCGUGACAUGCAACGGGCACAAGAAUUUGCAAAAGCUCAUGAAAUCCCAAAAGCAUUUGGAAGUUAUGAGGAACUUGCAAUGUCAUCUGAAGUCGAUGUCGUUUAUGUUGGAGCUCUGAAUCCACAACACUUUGAAAUUGGAAUGUUAAUGUUGAAACAUGGCAAGCACGUCCUUAUUGAAAAACCUUUAUGCAUGAAUGAAAAACAAGCUCAGCAACUCACGGCUUAUGCCAAGAGUCGAAAAUUAUUCCUCAUGGAGGCAGUGUGGUCAAGAUUCUUUCCAGCUUAUCAACAUGUUCGCAAACAGAUUGCUAGCGGAGCUCUAGGAACUAUCCAAGAGGUGAAUGUUUCAUUUGGAUUCGAUUUAACAGAAAUUAAUCGUCUGCAGAAAAAAGAACUGGGAGGUGGAACUGUUCUUGACUUGGGUAUCUAUGUUAUUCAGGCUUCUCAAUGGGCAUUCCAAGAACCUCCGAAAUCCAUUAAAGCAACUGGUGAACUAAAUGCCGAAGGUGUUGAUGUGUGUGUUCAGGCAGAGUUGGAAUAUUCUGGUGGAAGAAUUGCUAAAAUUCAAACAAGUGCUAAAAAGGAACUAGAAAACAAGGCAGUUAUUAAGGGAACUAAGGGUGAAAUAACGAUUCUGCAAUUUUGGUGUCCAACAACUUUAAUUGAUAUCGAUGGCAAAGAAAAAUCAUGGCCCCUACCCAAAGGAAAAUACAAGACAAAUUUCCUCAACUCUGAAGGCCUACGUUACGAAGCAGAGGAAGUUCGAAAAUGUAUCCGAGAAGGAAAACUUCAAAGUGAACAUAUGCCACAUAGUGAAAGCUUACUUCUGGCUCAUGUUGAAGAUUCAAUAAGGAAACAAAUUGGAGUUGUUUUCGCAGAAGAUGAAAUGUAAUGUUUUGUGGAGAUUUUCCAAUGUUGUACGCAUAAUUAAAAAAAAAAUUAAGCAGAGUGUUGCACUUUAA